GAAUUCAUGAAAGAACAGAGAGUGAAGUGGUUCCAUUGGAUAUUUACAGUUGUGCUCAGGGGCGGACAGGGGCGGACUGACAAAUCAUGGGGCCCCCGGGCAAUAGGGGAUCAUGGGGCCCCUGUGUCCUUGCCCAAACUCAAAAAAGCCUAUGAAAAAGGUACCAGGGGCAUCUCAUGGGGCCCCCUACUGACCCCAGACCCUCGGGCAGUGCCCGAGUUUCCAAAUGGUCAGUUCGCCUCU